ACAUCAUCCAGUAUCCAGUAGUAGACUUUGUGUCGGCAAAUAAACAACUCGUAUGUCAGUUGAUCAACACACUGCUUAGUUACGUUUUAUUUUUUGUUCUAAUUUUAACGACUUUAAACUUAUAAAUAUUUAUGGUGUUAUACGAUUUUUGUGAAUUGUCCAUUCGUAUAAUUAAUUCAAAACUUCACAGUUAUUUUUAAGUAUUUGUUAUUUAUAUAUAAUUAAUAAUAAUUGGUGAGUUUUAGUGAAAAAACUUACUUUGCGUGACAUUUGGUUCAUACUGUUUAUACUGAUGAGAUAGAAAAGAAAAAGUUCAUAUUAAAAUAUAAUCAAUUGAAUAAACGUUCUAUGUUGUAAUGUGUCUUUAAUAUUUUCUGUAUAUUGCCCACGCGAAAAGUCACAAGCAACCCACGUUAUUUAAACCAAUAUAUGAUUACGACCUUCGACUUCUGCAUUUCAGCAUGACCUAUAGGCUUGAGAUAAAUAUUAUAUACAACUUGGAAAUUCAUUCUCAGCAUUUUUCUUUUCUUUUAUAAAUACGUUUAUGUUUAAAUGUGUUGAAAAAUACAAUCCAAUUAAUUUUCUCAGCAAUUUUUUCUUCAAAGAUAACGAAUUUAAAUCGCCCAUUUAAUUCACUUUUACCAUAAACAUGGUUUAUCGAGGUCAAUUACAAACGGAUGAUCCGAGAAAUGUGCCAAAAUUGGUGCGAAUAACACCUUUGAGAGCAAGCAGAAGUGAGAUACGAACACCGCCACAACCAACAAAUCUUGUAAAAAAAAAUCAAAAGACCAAUAAAGAUAUCAAAUCACCAAAAUUACGAAAUAUUAGUGAAAUACGAGAAAGUGUCUUAAACAAAUUGCCAGAGAAAAAAUGGAAAACUUCAUUAUCUAAAGAAGUUGGAAAUGUUAAUGUCAAGACUGUUUAUCUAUCACCACAUACACGACCACCUUCCAAUUCUAUGCUUGCUAAUUUAAAAGAUUUAGAACGUUUGCAAAAUAUGGCAUUGAUCGAAACUGACCGACUCAACGAUAUUAAUAAAUCAGUGAUCAAUAAUGAUGUAGGUAUCACAACAAAAAUGUUGGCACAAAAACUUUUACAAGUUUCUCGUCUCGAUUCAAGUUGUCAAAAGUCUGUUAAUAAUAAACAUCGAGAAGAAUCAACACUUAUUCAAGAUCAACCGCAAGCUCCAGCACGAAGAAAAAGAGAAAAUCGGCAAGUGUCAAUGAAUCGACAAGAAUCACUCCCUAAUCGUCCGGACAUUUUAGAUGGAUUAAUAAAAGAGUCUAAUCGGCAAUUGGAAUUAUUAAAAAAAGAUUUUAAAACUGAAAGUUCUGUACGACUUGACUCGGAUUCUGAGAGUGAAGAUAAAAAAGACCUCAGCUUAUGGAAUAAAAGCAUAAGUCAACGAUGGAGAAAACUACGAAGAAGAUGUUCAGUUCAAGAAACUCCAGAGCCUCAAGAGGAAUCACUAAUUCAAGAUGGUGGAUCGAAAAUUGGUAUUAUUCAUGGUGUUAGAUCCACACCAACUAGUAGAGAAGCUUCUCCGGCACCUAAAUCAUCGAGAGAUAGGAAUUCACCGAAAAAAUUACUUCAAACGAGUUCACUUCGGUUGCCAGGAGCAAAUAAAGGGAUUGCAGAUAUUCAGAACGUAUUGCGAAGUAAAUUGAGUAAAAUAAAUGCUGGUAUAAGAAAACGCAAGGCUUUAAGUGUGUCUGAAGUGUUUCCACCAAAGGAUAAUGUUUCGAAUUUCUAUGUUCCAAGUCCCCUUUCAAGCUCAACCAGUGACAAAUAUGAUUCAAGCGUUGAGCCCACUUCAUUAUCUAUGUAUGCUUUGAAUGAAAAACUCUCCACACUCGCAGAAGUGAGUGCUCCUAAUUCUCCACGGUGCUAUAUAACCAAUGAUAAUGAAAGAACCUUUUGUACUUCAUGGAUUCAUGGCCAAACACGUGAGGAAAGUGAGGAUGAAUGUAUUUACGAAAAUACAGCUUCUUCAGAUACUCUUCGGAGAUGUAAUUCAGAACAUAAUGGUAAUCAUUCAUACCAAAAUGUUCGAUAUCAUCGACCACGUCGGUCUGUUGUCUACUCGGAUUCAGAGACCUCGAAUUUGUCCUGUCCAUGUCCUAACGAUAAUUCGUACGAAAACAUUAGAUUUGAAAAAAAUGCUAGGCAUCAACGAAUUCCUUCUGCAGAUGAAGUUAAUGAAAUUCACAUUCCUCGUGUUAGAUCACGGAAAAGAAGCACUGAUUUUGUAAUUGGUGGUCAAGUAUCGAACUACAUGGUAAAUUCGAAUCAUCACAAUACUGCCAACGAACAAGGUCCAUCGAGUUUAGGGACAGAUAAAAAUUCAACUAUUAAAUCUAAAGUAAGAUUAAGUUCUCGAAGUGUUGUCAAUAUUGCUGGAUCAACUAGACAAAAUUUAAAGCCAUGGCAGGCAGGUCAAGAAACGGAUGAAGGGUUAAAUUCUGAUUCAGAACUUGAAGAUAUUCAAGAAUUAGUUGAGAAUGAAGAAUCUCGGUUUUGUACUCUACCAAGACCUGGUAAAAAUACAGCAUCUUUCACUAUUCUUACUGCGCGUUUUUCUAAGGGUCCAGGACACAAAGGACUUGGAUUUAGUAUUGUUGGAGGAACUGAUAGUCCUAGAGGAAAUAUGGGGAUUUAUGUGAAGACUGUUUUUCCUCAUGGCCAAGCAGCUGAUUCGGGUACGGUUAAAGAAGGAGAUGAAAUACUAUCGAUAAAUUCAAAGCCCUUGCAUGGAAUGACUCAUGCUGAGGCGAUCGCAGAAUUUAAAGCUAUAAAAACUGGCGACGUUGUACUACAUGUAGGCCGAAGAGUCACAAAAAGGAAAAAAGAAAACGUUGGUGCUGGGAACUCUAGUGUGCGAGAAAUUGUAGAGUAAAUGAUUGAUUGACAUAACUAUGAAAAACUUUUUUCUCUAUAAAGGUAAUCUACCUGUUAAAGUUAAAAAUUUUAUUUCAUUCAAAUUUUUUUCUUUACAAAUUUAUUGGUUGACUUUUUGACAUUCUAUUCAUUGAGUUAUUGAUUUUUCAACGUUAUAAUGAUGAUUUUUUAUAAAUCAAUAUCUUUACAAUAUUGACAACAAUUAUAUACAACAUUAAAAAAAAAUUUUUUAGUACAGUUAAUAAUGCUUUUAGAAAAUAUUGAAAGAAAUAUUUGUUGUAUUUUUAUUUAUAUUAAAUUUUAGAAAAUCAUGAAAUAAUCAACUGCGAAAAUUCAAAAAAUACAUGAGUGUUGUUACUACGAUUUAUUUAACAAAUGUUAUAUACAUUAAAGAUCAACUUUCAAUUAUCAUUUAUUGAAAAAGAAAUGAUAGUUUGAGAACAGUCAAGUUCAUUAAUUAAUCCAAAGUUCAUGAAAUGGAGAAUUUUUUAAUUUUAUAUUUGUAAA